AUGACUUCUGUCGGCACGGUCGUCGGGCAGUUGUUCUUUGGUUGGCUUGCGGACAGGGUUGGGAGAAAGCGCAUGUAUGGAUAUGAGCUGUUGAUCAUCGGACUGGCGACUCUGGGCCAAUGCAUUACCGGUCCUUCUUCAGCAAUCGGCAUAACAGGGUUAUUGGUGUUUUGGCGCAUCCUCAUGGGAAUUGGUAUCGGUGGUGAUUACCCGCUUGCAAAUAUCAUCACUUCUGAAUUCGCUUCAACCAAAUGGAGAGGCACAAUGGUUGCCGCCGUGUUCUCGACCCAGGCUCUUGGGCAAUUCAUAGCCAGUCUGGUUGCCACGAUCGUUAUUGCAGCAUUCAAGUCUCAAAUUGACAACGACGACAAUCUCUGUCAGGACAGUGUCUGUACCCAGACUGCUGCUGCACAUCUGGCUGUUGAUAGGAUGUGGAGAAUCAUUAUCGGAGUUGGCGCGGUGCCUGCGGCAUUUGCACUCUAUUACCGUUUGACAAUCCCUGAAACACCUCGAUACACUUUCGACGUGAACCGUGACGUGGAGCAGGGCUUUGCCGACUACAAGGGAUGGGUUCAAAACACCAUUGGACCCAGGACCGGACAAGGAGAAGUCGAAGAUGAGAGGAGGGAGAUUCGUGCCGGCUUAAGACCUGGCGAAACUCUGGGCGGCCUUGACGCUGCCGUCGUACCCCAGUCGUCAUGGAGCGACUUCAGACGCUACUUCCGACAAGGCUACAAUGGCUGGAUUCUCCUUGGGACUUGUGGAUCGUGGUUUUUCUUGGAUGUGGCAUAUUAUGCGCUGGCUUUGAAUAACACCAUCUUCCUCCAGAAAAUGGGGUUCGGAUCCGUCCACAACAGCAACCCUACAAGGUUAUACACGAUCCUCCGCAAUGGUGCAGUUGGCAAUCUGGUGCUGGUGGUCGCCGGGGCCAUCCCGGGCUCCAUUUGUGCAAUUCUGCUUGUGGACAGAAUAGGACGCAAGUCGAUUCAGGUGGGAGGGUUCGCCAUGAUCACCUUGCUCCUUCUGAUUCUUGGGAGCUCUUUCGAGAGCAUGUCCGACGCCUCAAGGGUGGCGGUGUUCGUCCUGAUCCUGUUCUUUGUCAAUUUCGGCCCUAACUCGACAACGUUCAUUGUUUCGGGUGAAUGCUUUCCAACCAGGUACAGAAGCACAUGUCAUGGACUGGCAGCGGCCUCUGGAAAAGUCGGUGCAGUUCUCGCCCAAGCGCUAACGGGUCCAUUGCGAGGCAUCGGAUUCGAAAAAGGCGAGGACGACGCAUCACCAUGGCUACCCCACGUCAUUCAGAUACUUGGUGCCUUCGCAUUUUUGGGUCUGCUCUGCUCCUUCCUCAUCCCGGAAACGAUGGGUCGCUCGCUGGAAAAGUUAGCUGGUGAGGAGCCUCGAGCAUUGGAAGGCGAAGAAACGAGCGAAGACGACGAAGAAAUCCAUCCGAGGUCGCCGCUGGAAUCGAUGUGGAUCUCAUGCACGCCUGUGGUGUUGUUUCAAUGGCUUUUCCACCGGCGCAACCACGCAGCUGCCUAUGAUGACAUUGAUGCUGGCGAAGGAGUGGUCUCUGGAGAGCGGAUAUCAUUGUCCAGAGUGGGCGCUGGUAGCGAAGCAUCUCCCACAAAGUUGAUUAUUCCCCGGGGGGAUGCGCCCGAGCAACAGGAUGACGGUGGACUAAAGAUACUCGAGACUGAGAUAGACAGGGUAUCUGGGGAAAGCUCCGACCGAAUACUCCACGAUGAUGAUAAUGGUGAUAUUCGGCGGAUCACUUGA